AUGAGUGCAUCAUGGGCAGAUGCUGCUGACUCAGACCGUGAAGUGAAUCCCUUUGGAGGCGAUGCUAAUCAGGAGAACACUAGCAUUGACUUUGACGACUACGAAGAUACUCCCAUUGAGACCAGUGGGGAAGACGUGCCUCCUCCCGUUCACGCAUUUGCAGACAUAGAUCUCGGGGAGGCGUUGAAUCUCAACAUCAGGAGGUGCAAGUACGUGACGCCAACGCCAAUACAGCGUCACGCCAUCCCUAUACUGCUUGCCGGAAUGGAUUUGAUGGCUUGUGCUCAGACAGGGUCUGGUAAAACGGCUGCGUUUUGCUUUCCGAUCAUUAGUGGAAUCAUGAGAGAUCAGCAUGGGGAGAGACCUCUUGGUUCGCGGACUGUUUAUCCUCUUGCACUCAUCCUCUCACCAUCAAGGGAGCUAGCAAGCCAGAUACAUGAUAAAGCCAAAAAAUUCUCCUACCAAACUGGUGUGAAGGUUGUUGUUGCUUAUGGAGGAACACCUAUUGACCAGCAGCUCAUGGAACUGGAGAAGGGAGUUGAUAUCCUUGUGGCAACACCUGGCCGGUUAAAUGAAUUGCUAGAGAGAGCUACAGUCACAAUGCAGAUGAUUAAGUUUUUAGCUCUUGAUGAAGCGGACAGGAUGAUGGACAUGGGGUUUGAACCACAAAUUAGAAAGAUUGUUGAACAGAUGGACAUGCCUCCACGUGGGGUCAGACAGACAAUGUUGUUUAGUGCCACGUUUCCAAGGCUUGUACAGAGACUAGCAUCUGAUUUCCUGUCAAACUACAUAUUCUUGGCUGUGGGAAUGGUUGGUUCAAGCCCUGAUUUAAUCACCCUAAAGGUUGAGUAUGUCCAUGAUUCUGACAAGAGAAGCCAUCUCAUGGCCUUGCUACACGCUCAGAGAGAGAAUGGCACCGGGGACGAGAAGUCAUUGACAUUGGUCUUUGUGGAGACAAAGACAGGAGCUGACAGUUUGGAAAAUUGGUUGUGCAUGAAUGAGUUUCCAGCAACCUCCAUUCACGGCGAUAAAACACAACAGGUUCGUUUGAUUGAUAGAAGUCUUCAAUAUUGUACUGUGAGUGUUUGGGAAAGUGAUUCACUGUUCUUGCAGCCAAGAUAUCGUCAAGUGAAGCAUAUCAAUCUCGAGUUCUCUCAGGGUAUUGAAGGCAAUCAUCUUCAACUUGUGAAAAGCCAGUGUCAGAAUGCUCUUUUAAGCUUAAAAUGCUUGAAUCUGAAUGGGUGCCAAAAGAUAUCUGACGGUGGAAUCGAAGCUAUAACUAGCAUAUGUCCCAAUCUAAAAGCUAUCUCUAUCUACUGGAAUGUGAGGGUGACUGAUGAUUGCAUUAGACAUCUAGUGAACAAUUGCAGAACCAUCAUUGAUUUGAACCUAAGUGGCUGCAAGAGUAUAACCGACAAAGGUAUGCAGCUAGUAGCUGAAAGUUAUCAAGACUUGGAGUCACUGAAUAUCACUAGGUGUGUUAAGAUCACAUAUGAUGGAUUACUUCAUGUGCUACAUAAGUGUUCUACUCUCCAGACCUUAAACCUCUAUGCUCUUUCAGGAUUCAUAGACAAAGCCUACAAGAAGAUAUCACUUUUGGCUGAUCUAAGGUUCUUAGAUUUAUGUGGUGCUCAGAAUUUAUUUGAUGAGGGGCUUACUCAUAUGGCUAAGUGCAUCAAGCUAGAGUCUCUCAACUUGACAUGGUGUGUGCAGAUCACAGAUUCAGGGGUUAUUACAAUUGCUAAUAGUUGUACCUCUCUAGAAUUUCUCAGCUUGUUUGGAAUAGUUGGUGUGACUGAUAGAUGUCUGGAGACUCUCUCGCAGACCUGCUCUGCCACACUCACCACUCUUGAUGUCAAUGGCUGCAUCGGUAUUAAGAGACGAAGCCGUGAAGAGUUGCUUCAGAUGUUUCCUCGUCUGACAUGCUUCAAAGUACACAGCUAAUUUGCUUUAACUCCAGAACCUUCAACAAUAUUUAGCCCCGUUCUAAAGGGACAUGACAAGUGGAAGGGAGGCUCAUUGCACGGUUGGCAUCAACUUUGAACCCUAAACCAGGAUCAUCCCUGUCUUUGACAAGAGUGCAGAGACAUCUUUUUGUCUGGCCUUUGUCUAAUUUUUCUUUGAGUGUGGUGCAACAUGUUGAGUCUGGAGCUUUAGCUUUGUUAGUGA